UCAAAUAGAUCCAAAUUUUUUAUAAACAAUACCAAAAUAAAAAUAAUUUUUAUGCAGGUAAAGAUAUAUAUUAUUGAUUUAAAUAUUUUAAUAAAUAAUAUUAUUUAACUGAGUGCAAGCACAAAUUUUUUACUACUUUAAUAUACAACAUGAAAGGGUAUUCAUGUUUCUCGGUCAAACUGUAGCCAUAAAAGUCAACAACAUCACAAGAACCAGAUGAAUAUCAAGUAUCUGCUGGUUCUUAUGUGUCUUUGGAUUUGGUCUAUACCUAUGGUUUUUACAAUUUCUGAUGAUGGAUUGAUGAGAGUUACUCUAAAAAAGAGAAACUUGGACUCUGACAGUCUUAAUUAUGCAAGAAUCAAAGAGGCAAUUCAUCUCAGAGAUUUAAAGAGUGUUGAUAAAAAUUAUUCCCAAAAAGAUGUUGUUGUGUAUAUUAAGAAUUACUUUGAUGUACAAUAUUUUGGGGAAAUUGGUAUUGGUUCACCACCACAGUACUUCAAUGUUGUUUUUGACACUGGUAGCUCCAAUCUUUGGGUUCCUUCUUCCAAAUGCAUAUUCUCAAUUGCUUGCUAUUUUCAUUCCAAAUAUAGGUCAAAGAUAUCUAGCACAUAUAAAGAAAUUGGAAUACCUUGUGAGAUUCCUUAUGAUGAAGGGUACAUUGAUGGAUUCUUCAGCCAAGACAAUGUAAAAGUUGGGGAUAUCAUAAUCAAGGAUCAAGAAUUUUCUGAGAUUACAAGGGAAGGAAAUUUUGCACUCUUAGCUCUUCCAUUUGAUGGUAUACUUGGACUUGGAUUCCAGGAUAUUUCAGUUGGAAGAGUCACACCAGUGUGGUAUAAUAUGAUAGAACAAGGACUGAUGUUGGACAAAGUUUUCUCUCUUUGGCUAAAUAAAGAUCCAUUGGCACAGAUUGGGGGUGAGAUUAUCUUUGGUGGUGUGGACAAGAGGCAUUUUAAAGGUGACCACACUUACUUUCCAAUUUCUCAAAAGGGUUAUUGGCAGAUUGAAGUGGGAGAUAUUCUACUUGCCAAUAAUUCAACAGGUUUAUGCGAGGGUGGAUGUGCUGCAAUAGUGGAUUCCGGAACAUCUUUAAUUGCUGGUCCAACUGGUGUUGUGACUCAAAUUAACCACGCCAUUGGAACAGAAGGAUAUGUUAGUUUUGAGUGUAAAAACAUUGUCCAUAACUACGGAAAUUUGAUAUGGGAAUCCUUGAUUUCAGGAUUAAAUCCUGAAAUCUUAUGCGUGGACAUUGGACUCUGUUCAAAUAAUGAACUUCAAAGUUCGAACAAUGUUAUCGAAACAGUGGUGCAUAAUGAAAGUCGGGAUGGAUCGCAAAUAGACGAGAGCCCCUUUUGUAGUUUUUGCAAUAUGAUUGUCCUUUGGAUUCAAGUUCAGAUUAGACAAAGCAACGUAAAGGAAAAAGUAUUAAAACACGUGGACGAGCUAUGCGAGAGGCUCCCGAAUCCGGUUGGACAAUCAUUUAUAAACUGCAGCAGUGUCUCAGAUAUGCCACACAUUACAUUCACAAUUGGAAGCAAAUUGUUUCCUCUCUCUCCAGAACAGUAUAUUCUAAAAGUUGAUGAUGAUGAUAAAGAUUGUUCUCCUGUGUGCUAUAGUGGUUUUGUUGCACUAGAUGUGCCUUCCCCACAGGGUCCCCUAUGGGUUUUUGGAGACAUUUUCUUGCAGGCAUAUCACACAGUGUUUGAUUAUGGUAAUGUCCGUAUAGGAUUUGCAGAAUCUGUAUAGUCAUUCUUGUUCAUAUGAUUCAUAGCAGUAAAUAAUUGAAUGUAUGGUGUGAGGUAUGUAUGAGUUUUGUAUAGUAACGUGUAGAUGAAGUUAACUGGUUUAUAAGAGUAUGUAUGGCUGAAAUAGCCACAACAACGAGUGUUAUGUUGUUGUGAGUAUUUUUCUUCUAUAUAGUUGGUUCAAAUGUUUAAA